UCUGUAUAAAAAACAGAACUUUAGCCAAAGAACUAAAUAAAGGGAAUUAAUUAUAAUAGUCCCUAAGAUCUCUUGUUGUUAGAUUAUAACUACGUGUCUCUUGAAUACGGCAACUCCUAAGGGUCUAGCAUCUACCUUUGCAAUUCACCGCCAUUUUUUCGGAAUUGCGCCGCUCGCUACUCGUUCAUGCUUGUUCGUUCAUUCGGGCAACGACAACGAAGAAAUUUUCAAUGAUUGGUUGGUCUGUGUGAAAAAAUAUUAAAAUCGUGGAAAUAAACACAUAAAAUAAGUUGAAAAUAUUUAAAAAAUACUGUUCUUUUGUUCUAUUUAUCUUAUUCAAUGGAAAUAUUACGCAAAUCGUGUAAAAAGUGCGAAAAAAUACAUUGAGAAAAUUUUGCAGGGUGACUUGUAUGAUUUUCGCCGCUGAAAUCUUUCCACCACCACUAGCGCGAGGCAAGCAACGAGUAGAAAGCAGCCGCCGCAGCAGAGGCGGAUUGCGAGAAACGCAUUCGCGCCGUUUCUCGUUUUGUGAGACCGCGAGUGACCGCAUUUUUGUUCAUUUAUAAUCCUAACUGAAUAUUCAAUACUUAUUACCAAGUUUUCAUAAAAUAGGGUAGUUAAUUAACUUAUUUAUUGGCAAAGAAUUCGCACAAUAAAGAAUAUGGAUGUAUCCAAAUUGGAUAAGAUGAAGGUAAUAGACCUUCGAAAGGAGCUGGAAACGCGUGGUCUUGAUACUAAAGGUGUUAAAGCGGUAUUGGUAGAACGUUUAAGGGCUUUUCUAGAAGAUGGCAUUGGUUCUGCCCCAGGUACACCAGGAACUCCUGGUAGAAGGUGCCGCCGUACUCGGUCGAUGACCCGCUCUCCUUCACCCUCACCAGUAAAAGUUGCAGCAGUGGAACCUAAUUUGGAGACACUAGCUGAAGAAGAUGAUAAUGCUAACUCCGAAAAUGUCCCUGCUAAAGAUGAGGUCAAGGAGAUAAUCAGCGCAGCAGAAGUCGUUGAGGAACAAAAUCAAAACCAAGAAUCAGAAGAGAUCGAUGAAGAGGAGCACACAGAACCAGAGGCUCUUGAAAAAAUUGAGCAGAAUGGAGAAGAAUCAAAAGGGGAGAUUGUUGAAGAAGAAAACGAAAAUGAAGAAGAAGAAAAUCAACAAGAGGAAGAACAUGAAAUAGAAGAAGAAUUGAAUAAAAGCGAGAUUGAGCCUGCCGAGGAUUCUCAAGAUAAUAAUGAUAAAGAAAUGGAAGUUGAUCAAGAUAAUGAACAAGAAGAAGCAAAGAAAGAGGUUACUGAAAAGCACAAUGAAAAGGAGUUGGAAGAAAGUAAGCCAGAAGUAAGCCGUGAUAAACGCUCCCAUUCACGUUCACAUUCCAAAGAACGUCAUAAUCGUUCUCAUUCCCGCUCUCGUUCGCGGUCCCGUUCUCGGUCAAGAUCCCGAUCGCGCACUCGAUCCAAAUCCAGAUCUCGCACACCGAAACGACGAAGCGGUGCUGGUAGCCAAGGAACACCGUCUAAAGCAGAAGAGGCAACAAAUCCUGAAGAUGAACCUACCAUUGAAGACAAGCAAUUCGGUUUAAGUUGGUUCGAUUCCGAUUUGCAUCUACGCAUUGAUCCGGUAACGUUCACAUCGGCGAAACCCAUGUCACAUGAAAUAUAUUCAUUGAUUUGGUCUGGAGCACGAACAAAUUAUGGCGUGCGUGAGGGUAAAGUAUGUUUUGAAGUGAGAUUGGCAGAAGAAACACAACUAGGCCGUGCACAUCAAUUCCGCGAUGAACCUCAUGUGCGUGGAUUUCGUGUCGGCUUUUCUUUGCCUGACACAACUUUAUUGCUGGGCGAAGCAGAAAAUUCAUUUGCUUAUUGUGAGUCCGGUCGCAAAGCAACUAAUUCAGAAUUUACAGAAUUUUCAAAACCUUAUCAACUGGAUGAUGUAAUAGGAUGUUAUUUGGAUUUAGAAAGUACGCCUUGCAACAUUAAAUAUACUUUAAAUGGCGAAGAUCUUGGCGUGGCUUUUGAAUUUGACAAAAGUAUUUUGGGCGAUAAUGGUGCACUAUUUCCACAUAUUGUGACUAAAGGUUAUGAGUACCAUGUCAAUUUUGCUGACAAUGAAAAUUUACUAGCGAAUGUGGAAAGACCGAAACGUAUGCGGCGCAUACCGAAAAAGGAAAAAGAAGUUGAGAAAGAAAAGGAUAAAGAUAAGAAUGAAAAACCCAAAGAAGAAACCAGUAAAGUCCCGGAAGAAGGUGGUGAAAAAUCUGAAGAAGAAGUUGCUGCUAAAUCGGAAGCUGCCACCCUUGAGGAUGAGGAAAUGAGGGAAAAAAGUGAUGAUGACAAUGAAGUAACGGAAAGUGAAAAGGCGGCCGAAAAAGCGGAAGAAUCCAAACCGGCAGGCGAAGAAGAUGAAGAAGAACAGAAAUCGAGCGAGAAAGCUGAAAAUGUAGAAGCAAAUGGUGAUAACCACGCCGCAGUUGAAGAUCAAGCAGAAGAUAAAAAAGAAGAAAAUGCAAAAGAUAGCAAGAAAAAGGAAGAAGAAGAUGUGGAUGGACCCUCACCAAGCAAACGUAAGCGUCUUGAUGAUGCUAAAGAGAAACGUCGCGAAUCUUCCGAUGAAGAUGAAUAUGAAGAAAUCAUACCGGAAACACGUGAGCCAGUCUUUCUAUUGACCGGUUAUGAACUGAUCGCAUUGAUACCAGAGGAAAAGUAUGUACCUGGUCCACAGCGACCUAACAGUCGGAAGGAAUGCGAAGUUAUUCUGUUAGUAGGCUUACCCGGUGCUGGCAAAACCCAUUGGGCAUUACAACACAUUAAAGAAAAUGCCGAAAAGCGUUAUCACGUGAUUGGAGCAGAUACAUUGAUUGCCAAAAUGACCAUUGAUGGCGCACCACGUAAACCCUUACAUAAGGGUCGUUGGGAACGUGUCUACGAAUUAUGCUUGAAUAAUUUGUCUCCAUUAGAGGAGAUUGCAACCAAACGACGUCGCAAUUUCAUACUUGAUCAGACCAAUGCAUACGCAUCCGCACAACGGCGCAAAAUGAAAGGUUUCGGCGACUUCAAACGCAUUGCUGUCGUUUGCAUACCAAAUGAAGAAGAAUUGAAACGGCGCAACACUGAGAAAACAGAAAAGGGCAAUGCCAAUACAAUUAGAGAAUCAACAUUAAAUAAUUUACGAGCCAACUUUACGCUGCCAUCAAUUGAUCUGGAUUGGUUUGACGAAGUAAUCUAUACUGACCUUAGUGGUGAUGAGGCUAAGGCGGAGGUAAAACGUUACAACGAGAAAGGCAAGAAAGCUUUGGAUGAAAGUCAACCGAAUAAACGCAAUCGGCGUGAUCAUCGUCAGCGCGGAGAUGACCGACGACAUCGCGAUGGUGGCGGCGGUGGCGGUGGCGGUGGCGGACGACGUGAUUUUCAUCGUUGGAAUGAUCGACGCGGUGGUGGUGGUGGCGGUGGCCACUCAGGUGGUGGUAAUCGCUGGGGCGGCGGCGGUGGUGGAGGUGCUGCCGGCUACCGUGCUGGCUGGCGAGACGAUCGCGGUUAUGGCGGAGGCAGUGGUGGUGGUGGUGCAGGAGGUCGUGGCUAUGACAAUCGUAACAACCGAUAUAGCAAUGGUCCACAGAACUGGCCGCAAAACAAUCGUGGUUCUAAUCGCUAUGAAGAUCGAUACAAUCGUUCGGGCGGCGGAGGUGGUCGCUAUGAUUCUGGUGGCGGCGGUGGUCGUUACAGUUCUUAUGGUGGCAACAGCGGUGGAGGCGGAGGUGGUGGCGGACGAGACUAUCGGGAUCGCGAUCACAGAGAACGCAAUGCAGGCGGUGGUGGUGGCGGCGGCGGUCGACGCGACAACUAUCGGUCCGGUGGUGAUAGCCAGCGGGAUUUUCGGCCUGGCCACCGCGACAAUCGUACAGAAGAUAGUCGCGGUGGCUAUGAGCGUUCGGGUGCGACCGGCGGCGCGGCCACAAAGUACGGCAGUAAUACAAAUAAUGCUGUCGCCAGUGGAAGUGUCCAAGGUCAAACUGGCUACCAUGCGCAGGGACAUGCGCAACAUAGUCAGUACAAUAGCAACAAAUCAGCGACUACAGGAAUGGGAGGUGGCAAGAGUUCAUCGCAAAGUGGUGGAAAAUGGAGCUCUUAUGGCCAGCAGCAGUCACAACAACAACAACAGCAGCAUCAUCAAAUGUCCAGCGGCGGCAAUUGGCAACAAGCGUCACACCAUCAACAAUAUCAACAGCAGCAACAGCAACCCGCCGCACAACAACAGUACUGGGGCUACGGUGACAUGCAAGGCUAUGGUAAUGCUCAACAACAACAAGCACAACAACAGCAUCAACAAUGGGGAAACACCGAUUCAAGUCAACAACAAGAUUGGCUAGCAUGGUGGCAGCAAAAUCAACAGCAAACCCAAACGACUGCCGGUAUAGGCAAUACCAAUGAUGCGAACCAAUAUUGGUCACAAUACUCCUACCAAACGACAAUGACGGGCAAUGGUAGUAGUGGAGUUGACACUGCUGGGAAAAAGUGAAUAUCCUUGCAGCAGCAUGCGCAGUGACAUAGUACAAUUUCAAUAUAUAGAAGGGGGAAAAUAAAAGGGGAAAGGAAAUAACAAAUUUUAUUGUCGUACACAUGGAUAUAACGCGUUGAAAUACACCUACAAUACAACACCUUAAUCACAAACCUAUGGAACAUACAUACAUACAUAUACACACACACAAUAAGCGGUGCAGAUAUCGCAGGAAUGCUUGAAAGCAUGUGUAAAGUAAAUAUAGUUUUGAAUUAAAACAUUGAUUACAUACCUAUAUACACUAGCACAUGACAUGAAAAGACACAAACCAACGCAAUUCAAAUAACACAGUUAAAGAUAUUUAGUUACUUGUUGCAAUAUGCCGCAAGACGCAUCUUUAUUCAACACCAGCCAUGAAUAAUUUACAUUCGAAACAUGGAAAACACACAAUAAGAAUUAUCUAUGUAUAUGUCCCUCCGCAUAACUACUUAUCAACAAUUAAAUACACCAACAACUCCCGUCAUUUUUGUAUAAUUAAAGUUAAGCAAAUUAGCGUAUAAAAAGUAUGAAUAACAUUCAGUUUUAAUUGCUUUCUUACAUUAUUAUUACUGCUACAAAUUUGUAUUAUUUUACUUAUUCUAUGUUCUUGUUCAUUUUCGUGUUUAUUUGCAACAAACAAAAUAAUAGCUUAUUCCUUUUUAGUUGUUCAAAUUUUAUUUUUAAACUUUAGAAUGUUAAUCUAUGAAGUUCAUUAGGAACAUUGAAAUAUGAAAAUUGGAAAAAAAUGUUCUUCAACUUAGCGUUUAAAUUAUUCUUGUUACACAGAAAGCUUGUCUAUUAUCAAAAAACCUUAUAAUUUUUAUUAAUAUUAUCAUUUUCAAUUGAAUAUUCAUAUAUUAUUAAACAAAUAGCUGAAGCAAUAGUACACUGAAAAUGAGUAAAUAUUGCAUAAAUCAAAGAACAAUUGAAAAUUUAAUAAAUUUAAGUACAUGCCGUAAGUGGUAAAAAAAACAAUA